CUGGUGACGUGUCCCAGCGCUGCCUUCCUGCUAGUCCCGAUCAGGAGUUUCAAUGCACCUAGUCCAUCCUCCCCCCGCAUUCUCGUGCACUGACGUCACCGCCGCCCGCUCAGACAGGACGUGUUCACCCGGAACAAGCUGAGUGCGCUCCGUGGAUCCCGUGACCUAUGACCUGGGGCUGCCUGGCCCGGCCCAGCCGUUUACUGCUUAGUGUGCUGAGCCCAGGUGAGCGGGAUGGGCAGGGGGCACCAUGCAGCUCCGGCCAAGCUAUGAGAGGUGAGGGGUGUCUGUGUUUAUAAACUCUGCGGCUCUCCCACAUUCCCACAGAGCGGUCCUGGCUGCAGUAAUAGUAGGACAUGGUCUGCGGGUUACCAGGAGCUGGGCACCGUGUGCACAAAGAAAGAGUGUUUUAUUUGGAGAAAACCCUCUGUGUGCAGUUAUAUUCAAUAACCUCCAGAUAGAAUGUGUGGUUGUGCUAUAUAUAUUAUAAUAUUAUUAUUAUUAUUAUAUCUCUGCCUGUCUGAAAUUAAUAAAGUGACACCUCUUUGGCAAGGUGUAUUUAAAGGGACACAAUAGUCAUCAGAAACACUACGGCUCAAAGGGACCGUGUAGGCACCAUGACAAAUUCAUCUAAAUUAAGUUAUGGUGCCAAGAGGCCCCUGGGUGCACUCUCCAAAGUGUGCCUCCACCCCCCAACCAUUAUUUUUAACUCUUUAUCGGUUCAUGUAUAUCAAGUUACAUUUGCAGAGGUUAAGACAAGUAAUAGGUAUAAAAUGCAUUGGAUGACAGCGAGUUAUCACAGGUAUGGCGGUUUAACAAGUUUCAUAUUGGGUAAUGUACAGGUACAGCUAGGUAGUGCACAGUUAUGGUACAGCAUAUCACUAGCAUCUAGGUUGGCAGGCCUGUCGGGAGGUACUGACUUUUUAUACACUGCUCAGCCAUAACAUUAAAACCUCCUGAAAUGGUUAACAUUGAUUAUAUAUCGUUACAGUGACACCUGUCAAGGGAUAAGAUAUUUUAGGCAACAAGAGAAAAGUGAGUUCUUGAAUGCAUGCAUUUGGAAGCAACAGAAAAUGGCAAGCGAAAAGGUCGGAAUCACUUUGACUAGGACCAAAUAGUGAUGACUGAGUCAUAGUCACAGGCGCCCAAUGCAUGGGGAGCAAAAGCUAGCCCUUCAGGUCCAAUUACGCAGAAAAGCUGCUGUAGCUCAAAUUGUUGUAAACCUUUGUGCAUCAGAGUUUGCUGUGUUUGGGGCUGCACAGAGUGCCAAUGAUGACCCCCCCCCAUCCACUACUGAAAGCGCCUUCAGUUGGGACAUGAGUGUCAGAACGGGGACCAUGGAUCAAUUGAAGAAGCUUGCUUAUGCUGGUGAAUCAGGUUUUCUUUUAGAUUAGGUGGAUGACUGGGUGCAUGUGCAUUGUUUGCCUGGGGAAGAGAUGGCAACAGGAUACAAUAUGGGAAGAAAGCAGGCUGGCAAAGGCAGUGUUAUGCUCUGGGCAAUGUUCUCCUGGGAAACCUUGGAUCCUGGCAUUCAUGUGGAUGUUACUUUGACACGUACCACCUACCUAGAGAUUGUUGCAGACCACAUACCCUCCUUCAUGGCAAUAGUUUUUCCCUGAUGUUGGCAGCCUCUUUGAUAGUUAUAGUGUACACUAUCACACUGCAAAAAUGGUUUGAGGGACACGACAAAGAGUUGUUGAUCAUCUGUGGCAUGUGCUGAAACAGAUCUAAUCCAUGGAGGCCCCACCUUGCUACUUGCAGACGCUAAAGCAUCUGGUGCUCAUAUCUUGGUUUCAGAGGUCUUGUGGAGUCCAUGCCUUAACACAUCAGACCUGUUUUUGCAGCAGGAGGGGGACCAACAUGAUAUUAAGCAGAAAGUGUUUUUGUUUUUAAAUAUUCUUUAUUUACAGGAGAUAGUCCGUAAGAUAUGCGGCAUGCAGUAGAUACAAAAUCCAUAGCAUACGUCAUCCCUGGGAAGUAGGAAUGUAUAAUAAUGAAUAUAAGAUUACAUCAUACAUAUCACAGGUCUGAUAUGUACUUCAAACUGCUCUCAAAGUCUAUGUAUUUAUUUUUUGAGAAGUCAUAAACAAAGAAAACUUAGAGGGAUAAUUUACAGGGAGGUCCGCAGUGUGUGGUCCCUGACCUAGAGAUACUCCACAUACCUAAUUCCCAUUACUUAUAUAUUCCUACCAAGGAUCUCAGACUUUGGAAAAGAAGGAGGAAGAGGAGUGCCUAACUUUUGAGGUCCAUUCGUCCAUAACUACAUUUUCUUGAAUAUAUGAAAUAACCUCUUGCAAUGGAGGUCGGUCAAUUUUAAGCCACCCGGCCGCAAGAGCAGUACAAGUGUUAGUAGAUUAAUUUCUGAGUAUGUCCGAGGAACCCCUCAAUAGGCCAUGAAAGCAGAGAAGUCAAUUGGUCUCUGAAGGACCACCACCACUUUGCCUUUUUAACUCUUUCAGAACCCACGUUAUUUUUGGACAAUCCCACCACAUAUGUUAAUAUGUGCCUCCAUGGCCGCAUAGCUGCCAGCAGAGGUCAGUCCGAUUCCUUCCUAUUCUACUCAACAGGGGGUUACAGGCCACUAGAACAAUAUUUUAAACUCCUGCCACUGUGAGAAUAUACAUGUGGAUAUUUUGGAAGCUGCUUCCCAAAAAGGUAGGUAGAUUUAGUGUUGUGGCUGAUCAGUAUACAUAAGUUUUAUUAACAUGACUCUCUAUUUCUUGUAUUCCAGUCUGCAGCUGCUGCCUCUGCUCUUACCCGCCUGCAUGCCUGACGUCAUCAGAAGUGAUUCUGUGAGCCACCCAAAGGAAUGGCUGUGACUGUCAAGGAGGCAGAUCGGGGGCAGAGCAAGCCCAAGUCAAACACAGCCCUAGUGAAUCAGCAUCUCCUCAUAGAGAUGAAUUGAAUCAAUGCAUCUCUAUUAGGAAAGUUUAGUGCCUGCAUGCAGAAGGUGGAGACACUAAAUGGCAGUAAUGCCUCAGGAAGCACCUCUAGUAGCCAUCUGAGGCGUGGCCAGUGGAGUUAUGCCUAAGUUUUAAUGUAAACACUGGGUUUUUGCUGAAAAUACAGUGUUUACUGCAAAAGGCCUGAAAUACAAUAAGCUGUAGUUGUUCUUGUGAAUAUAGUGUCCCUUUAACAUCUUAUUGAAAAUAAACGGAAACAAAAGUAAUGCAACCCCUAAAUGACAAAGAAUUGAGCAGUGAGACUGCAGGGGCUUAAUCUACACACACAAACUGCUUAAUUAAGCUAAAGUUGUUUUGAUGCCUAUAGUGUCUGUUUUUAACAUUUCCCUAUUGUCCUUUGUUGCAUUUAUUGAUUCAUUCUCUUUUAUUGUUUAGGAAAUGUAGCAGUGAGGCCAGCAACUUCAAAGAGAAAAAUUCACUCACCAUGCAUACAAACUCUGGGCAUCCCCUUCAUCAGACUGGCAAUGGUGAAAGUUCUUCAGUCUGCCUGACCCUUCCUCCUAUCAGACACCCUGCUGAAGGGUCAAGUAUGACAGGAGAUGUGGCUGUAGAGAUGCACUCCACAGAUUCUGACAGUGGACCAAGAUCUGGUUCCAGACAAGCUAGAGCAAACCCUCAUGGACGUUUUCAGAAUAAACACAGCCAUGUGCAUACUCAGUCUCAUGAAACAGGUGGGACAGAGGCUCCGAAUAAUACAGAUUCAAGAGAAAACAGCAGCAGUAUCUCAGAGGCCCUGCACUUCUAUCCGUGGUUGGAAAAAAGCUUUCCAUAUAUCUUAAUCUUCGGUGCCAAACUUAUUGUACAGCACAUAACAGGUACUUCUCUAUUUCUGUGUAAAGCGCCGACGUGGAGCCUUGCAAAUGAAAUCACUGCUGUUUCUGAUAAACUGCAUUGUUUAUAUUUCGCAAAUUCCACAAUUCCUAAUUCGAUAGACAAUCGCUAGGAACUCCAGGCUGCAAUAGAUUCCGUUAUUGAAUGUGUUUGAUGUCAUCACCAUGCAAAGUAUGCUGACAUCGGAUCAUGCCUGUGUCAAAUGCUUCCUAUGAGAAGCAUUGGAUUCUGUGUUUCUACUUACAGAAGCUUUGGAUUUUCAGAUUGCAACAAUUGCUGCUCACAUGCCAUGCAUCCUCAUUGCUUCUGUAUUAGAAAUUUUGAAGAGGAGUCUGUCCUGGCUCUGGAAUGUGUAAACCCUUGAAAUGCAAUAUCUAAAAGGCAAGCAAAAGCAAGGGGGGACUCAAAUCCUCCUCUUUAUAUGCACUUGCCACAUAUUGUACCUACAGUAUUUUCAAACAACAUUAAGAAGAUUAUUAUAAUAUAUAUUAUCCAACAAAAUACAGUGUAGCUGCAAAAUUAGCCACUGUAAGUAGCUCUGCCUCACAUAGCAAGACAGACUGAUAAAUAUGAUAAACCAUAUAUGUGCUUAUGUGUAUAAACAACAUAUCAACACUAUUAUUCAUGUAACUAGUGAUGAAAAUAUGUGGAAAUUAAAAAUGGUCUACAUAUGUCUGAACAUACAUACAAGAUAUAAUAAAAGUGUGUGUAAAAUAUAUAUAUAUAUAUAUAUAUAUAUAUAUAUAUAUAUAUAUAUAUAUAUAUAUAUAUAUUGUGUGUGUGUGUUUGAAUUUUUAGACAUAUGUAGACCAUUUUUAAAUAUUUUUUUUGAUCUUGUUAUAUUUAGAUUUAGUAAAGUAAACCCAUAAUAUUAAAACCAUCUAUAUAUGCAGUGAUGGAUAACUGAAAACCAAUCAAAUCAAUCACUGAAAAAAAUAAUAUAAUAAAGUACAUACAAAAUGUAAUACUGAGCAACAACAUAUGAAAUUCUAUACAAAUAUUUAUAGAAUAAUUUGACCAUAAAAUAAACUUAAUUAUAAUUCAAGUGGUACAUACUGCUAAAUCCAAAUGUUUAUUUAGACCACUCUACUUUUUAAGUGUCUAAUUGGUAGAUCCAAUAUGUUUCUCUCUGCCUGAGUAUAAGCAAUCUGUCUCCUCCUCUGUCUCUAGGUGGGAUUUGUUUUAAACCUUAUACUAUACUAACUUCAAACUAUAUAUACUAUAAACCUUAUACUUUAUCACUAUUUUGACUUGUUAAAAAAAAUAUAAACCAUAAUUCCAUAUUUGUUUUGAUUUGGCUAAUAUGGCCCUAUGUUGCUCCAAAACCUUUUCCUUUAGUGGUCUAUACGUACGAUCCACAUAUUGACUGCCACAAGGGCAUUCUAUUCAAAUCCAAAUUUACUAUCACACUUAAUGAUACUGUUUAAAGUACAUUUCUUGUCUGGUGUACUUCUUCCAGUGUUUAAUUAUUCCCUCGAGGUACAUACUUGCGCAUUUUAUAUCCUUUCCUCCCACAUGGAUACGUGCCUUUCACAUAAUAAAAAUUAUUUGUUUGUUUAUACCAUUAAAAUUCUUAAUUUUACUGGGGCCAAAAGAUUUUUAAUUGUGGUGUUUCGUCUAUGUACCACUCUUUGCAUACGAUCACUGCUUUCAAAAAGGUAUCCUGUUGUAGGACACUCCAAUGCUUCUCUGUGAUUUUUUUUUUUUUUUUUUUUGAUGUGGCUUGCUCUUGCAUUAUACGUAGUGCAAAAAAUGGUUCUUUCUCAAAAUUGUAUCAUUUUUUUGGCAUCCCUGAAUCCUUCUGCAAAAGAGAUUCUCUACUCCAUAUGUCUUACUUCUAUUAGUGUAUUAUUUAAUGACUGUGGAUCAUAAUAGUUCUCUAAAAAUCUACAAAAAUCUUCCAUUCACUUUCUACAUCUUCCGUUCUGCUACAGUUUCUUUUUAAUCUCAUGUAUUGACUUAUAGAAUUUUUAUUUUUUAUCUUUGAUGGAAUAUGUUGCUUAAAAAUCUUCCUUUUAAAAUGUCAUCAGGGAUUCAUUAUACAUAUGUUUUUGUUGAGGUGUGUAAUUUUCGGAACACUUAUGAGACCAGUGUUCCGUAAAGGGCUGUAUCUUGUCUAGCCUGUCAUACAAUGUGUCAUCUCUAGGGAGCACUGUAAUUGUUACAGUGUAGGAUAAUUGCUGCAUUUUUUGUCAAAUGAAUCCCUCUUCAUAACUUCAGAUAAAAGAAACCAAGAUGGGAUACUUGUGCCAGUGGGACAUUACGCUGGAGUUUUUGGGGUUUUUUUGGGAGGGGGUUAGUGGGAUUCCAUUAUAAUUGUCCUCUACCCAUUACUAGGGUCAGUGCCUUUCAAUAUUUGUUAUUUCUUUAAUGGAAUGCCAUGUGGGCGUUUUUUUGUUUUGGUGUCUCGUGAUUUGCAAAGAGAUAUUGUCUGGAAAACAAAGUGAUUUGCUCAUAAAUAUGCAGAAAUAUAUCAUUUGACUUAAAAACGCUUAAUGGGACACUAUAGUCACCCAGACCACUUCAGCUCAAUGAAGUGGUCUGGGUGCAAUGUCCCUCAGGUUUUAACCCUUCAGAUGCAAAAAUAGCAGUUUCAGAGAACUUGCUAUGUUUACAUUUGGGGUUAAGCCAGCCUCUAGUGGCUGUCUUCCGGACAGCCACUAGAGGCGCAUCUACGACGCUGGAGGCAUAUUAUGCCUCCAUCGUGCAGAGUGACCAUAGGAAAGCAUUGAAAGCAUGCUUUCCUAUUGACAGCUUGAAUCUGCGCGCAGCACUUGUCGCGCAUGUGGCUCUGCUGACGGCGGGGGGAGGAGAGGUCACCAGCACCAAGGGGGCUCGGCGCUGGAAUAAGGUAAGCUGCUGAAGGGAUUUUAACCCCUUCAGUGCCGCGGGAGGGGGACCCUGAGGGUGGGGGCACCCUCAGGGCACUAUAGUGUCAGGAAAACCGCUAUGUAUUCCUGACACUAUAGUGAUCCUUUAAAAACAAACAUGUAUUCCUGACACUGGUGUUAAAACCACCAUUUAGGUGGCUUGCCCCCCUUAAAAGGGUUAAAACGUACAUUAUUUCCAGCUCUCCCUGGGUCUGCAAGCAAUUACUAUGCUCACCAGAACAACUACAUUAAAGGUCAAUGAAGUGGUCUGGGUGCCAGGCCCCCCAGAUUUUAACCCUUCAGAUGUAAACAUAGCAGUUUCAGAGAAACUAUGUUUACAUUGCAGGGUUAAUCCAACCUCUAGUGGCUGUCCUCGUGACCUAAGGAUGCUAUAAACGAGUUUGUUUUACUGAACCUAUAGUGAUCCUUUAAGCUGUAGUUUUUCUGGUGACUAUAGUGUCCCUUUCAAAUAAUUUAAUGACUCAAAACGUCAAUGCUGUUUGUGAUGCAAGGAGUUUCCAUAAAUUGAAGUAUUUCAGAGGUGGUGAAAUUUGGAGGUACCCAAUUUUCAUCUGCCACAGAGGGGCAUUCUGAUCACCUCAUUGUAGAUGGUGGUUUGCUGGAAGCACAAUCAGAUGAAGCCUUGCAUAGCGGAGGGUGUAAGUGUCUCUGUCCACAAUGUUAAAUGUGUCACUCUUUAAGCAUUUUAGAAUGGUGUAAGCCUCUUUCACUAAAUAGGAACGAACCAUGAAGAUGAUUUAUUGCAGUAUAGAAAGCUGUGAUCAGCACUGGAAGGGUAAUUUAUUUUUGUGUAAAGUAACAAAAAAAAAAUUACUCGAACAGGUCAGCUUGAUCACAGAGAAUGCUCUGAGAAGACUGAACAGAUACAGUAUAGUCAUCAGACAGCAGGCAAAGGGUGAAAAAAGUCAAAAUGAAUAAAUCUGUCAAAAAGGGUAAAAUUAAAAAUGAAAACAUCUGACCCCCUAUGUACUGAUUGCACUGAUCACUGCAGUAACACUGAUCACAGCAGUGGAACAACACUCUUCCUCCCCUCUCCACCAUAAUACACAGUAAAUAUGUUUUUAGCGAACACAUGACAAUGUAGCAAGGAUCUGUCUGCCUUUCUCACCUAAGAUCAAACGUAAGAGUAAAGAGAGGCAGAAAACAAUGUCUCAAACAAUGUUUGCAUUCAUUGGCUGUGACAUUGAGAGCAACCGUGGUGACAGGCUGUCACUGCGGCAAUUGGCUGCUGGGGGACUGCUGGAGUUGCAAACCAGUAGUGUUUGACUGACUGGUGGGAAAGGGGGAACAAAAUAGUUUUACGUCCUUAAUUUUUAAGGGGUCCAUUAAUUGAAAGAACACAUUGAGGGGGAGGAGAAAUAAAGCUUUGAUAAUUCAAAUAAUUAAUAAAGCAUGUUAAGCCCAAAACCUAUCAAAUGCAUUAAAGUUGUAUUGAGGCCCAGAGUGUCCUACCUAAAUGUCCUUUAUUUUUUAUGGAUAUUAUUUUGUGUCCAGCAACAGUGUAUCAAAUGUGAACACCUAGCAUAUGGGAUAUAAAUUUAGCUCAUUGGCAAUUUAGGGACAGCUGCUUCUGUACAGCUUCUUACAAAAGGCAAAAACUAUUGCUGUCCCUGUUGGUGAUAUAUGGGGUGUGCUAAAUCAUCAGGUCUGCCUUUCAGUGACACUACUUGAAUGAGAUGUAUUUGUGUGUGUGUGUGUGUGUAUGUAUGUGUGUAUAUAUGUGUGUGUAUGUGUAUAUAUAUAUAUAUAUAUAUAUAUAUAUAUAUAUAUAUAUAUAUAUAUAUAUAUAUAUAUAUAUAUAUAUAUAUACACACACACAUUUUAUUGUCUAACAAAGUAACUUUAGAGUGCAAAAUCACUAUAUUUCUCCUCUUCAGGUUUGCUUUAUCAAUGUGACCCAUAUAAUUUUUCAGCAAUGACUAGAUUGGUCAACGAUAACACACAAACAGUAACAUCUAGUAGUUCAUUAGUAACAGCUUAGUGUUUAUUCAGUUUCUGUAGAUCGUGUUAAUAAUUCUUUACUUUACAGGACAUUUUGCAUGUUUGUUGCACAUUCUAUUCUGCCAUCUAAUGGUGUGUCUUAAAUUCAUGGAUUAUCACACAAACAUUUGAUUGACUGAGGUUGAACCAGAAAGUAGCACGUCAUGAUCAAAAGAGAUUAGCAUGAAAAAAUGUUUAAGUUCUAAAUAACAUAUUCACAGAAAUCAAAGCUGCUCUUGAUUUUCUUGAUCUUCUAUGGUUUUGUUUAGUUUUUUGCAAUUGCAGAGGAAAUCAUUACAUAUGUACAGCUGUUCGUGGCUAAGACCGUCAAAACAAAAUGCGAAUUGAGCAAAACCGGUGUUCUUUAGGCAAAUAGCGCUGCAGCAUUAGUUGAUCUUUUAUAGGCAUAGACUGGCAUUAUUCAUUUAGUGAUUGUGAAGGAAAUAGUCAGUGGGACCUACUUGGACAGACCUGUCCUGCAGACCAUACCAAAACAUGAACAUCUUCAAUUACCACAUCCACUUUUUUUAAUAUAAUUCUACUAAAUGAACUAAGAAAAAAAAUUCUUUCUUAAACAAUAUGGCCCAAUAUGUUAACAUUAUUGCCUUUUGUUUAUUUUCUGUAUUGUUUUAUAUUCUUUAAUUUUAUAAAAAAAGUUUUUUUGUUCAUUCUAAAAAAUAUAAUUUAGUUUUUGUUUUACUUUUCCUUGCCUUUGUUGCUUUUGAUAUUUAUUUUGCUAUUUUAACACUUUAUUAUUUUGUUUUCUAAUAGGCAUUUCUGUUGGAAUUGGUCUGCUAACAACUUUUCUGUAUGCAAACAAAUGCAUUGUAAAUCAGGUUUUUCUAAGAGUAAGUAAGCUUAUGUUUGAAAAUCAUUCUACCAAUUGUAGACAAGUAACGCACACACACAUUUUUUUUUUUCGUAUUUACAGCAGAUUAGUGUACAUUUUAUUUAGAGCAAAUUAACUGUUUACUUGCCAUUGUCAAAUGAUUUAGUAGCUUUCUUGUGUGUAUGAUCCUACUUAUCCAUACGUUUCUCCAUUGGGUCAUACAUGACAUAUCCAUUAGUACAUACCAUCAGCACAGGAUAAAUGAUUACACAUCAUAGGACAUAGCUUUGGUAUACCUUCAAAAUAAACAGGGUCAAAGCAGAUGCUUGCGUACAGUAUAAAACCUACUCCAAAAUUAUUUAAGUUAAAUAAACCAUACUAUUAUUCAAGUUGAAUAAAACAUUGCCAAAUGGCCAUUUUUUUGCAUACACAAAGAAAUAUAAAUAAAUAAAUCUCUACUCGUAUAGAGAAGUUGGGUAGAAACCACAAAAAAUAAAAAAUCUAUGUCUUCUCUUGUUCUAAACACCCCAUGUAAAAUAAAAUGAUUGCUCACAAGUUACUUUCACUUACUACCUCUGCCCAUUGCCAAAGAUUAUGCCCCAGGUAAGAAAAACAAAUCCUUACUUUUUCUGAUUGUAUAAUUUAAAUGGUAAGGUUUAAAUUAGACAUCACUAGUUGUCUUGCUAUGUUGGAUGAUUUUUUCUUAGCUCAGAGAGUGGAGGCACCCAUUGCCUUUUAUUUACUAAUUUAAUGCAUCCAUCCUGAAACUGGAUGUGACUUUUUAUGUCUUCCGAGCUGUGAUGUUUGCUAAUUAGCUGCCUGGAUACAGCUGGAAUUAUUUGCAGAUUUAAAGGGACACUAUAGUCACCAGAACAACUACAGCUUAUUGAAUUUGUUCUGGUGAGUAGAUUCAUUACCUUCGGGCCUUUUGCUGUAAACACUGUCUUUGCAGAGAAAAUGCAGUGUUUACAUCACAGCCUAGUGAUAACUUCACUGGCCACUCCUCAGAUAGCGGUUAUAGAUCCUUCCUGGGUCAUGGCUGCCUAAAAUGCAUCCAUACAUUCAGUGUCUCCUCCCUCUGCAUGCAGACACUGAACCUUCCUCACAGAGAUUAAUUGAUUCAAUUCAUCUAUAUGAGGAGAUGCUGAUUGGCCAGGGCUGUGUUUGAAUCAUGCUGGCUCUGCCCCUGAUCUACCUCUUUGUAAGUCUCAGCCAAUCCUAUGGGGAAGCACUGUGUUUGGAUCAGGCUACCACUUCUGAUGAUGUGCGCAGACUGCUUGUUUUUCUGAGUCUAACAGCAUGCUGAGUUACAGCUUCAGGCUUGAAUACAGUAAGAUUUUGCUUUAUUUAUGGAGGCAUGAGGGACCCAGGGGGGCUAGAUGGUGGUUUUAACAGUAUAGGGUCAGGAAUACAUGUUUGUGUUCCUGACCCUAUAGUGAUCCUUUAAAACUAUGUUUGAACUAAAAGAACCACCAGAACACCCAGAAUUAAUUAAUACUGCAUAAGAAAUGUUGAACUAUAAUUUAUCUGUACAUAAAAAAAAAAAAUCUGGAUUUUUGCUGGUAGGUAGAUCAGAUGUAGCCAAAACCUGAAUUAAUCAAUUACUAGAUUUUGAACAUUUAAGUGGUUUCACUAUACAUGCAUCAUGCUUGAAAUGUUUUAUUUUGUUUAUAUAGAAGAUGGCAAUACUACUGAGGAUAUGUUUGCAAAGUUGUGUUCAUGGGGUUUUUUUUUGUUUUUGUUUUUUAAAUCUUUUUAAAUUCAUGCCUACUGAUCAAUUUUAUUUGUUUUGGCACGGAUUAAUUUUAUCAUUGUGGUGGUAUAUAUUUACACAAGUAGCAUUUUCCAUGUAAUGUUUGCAUUUAUUUACAAUGAAUUUCAAAAAAGCAUCAAUCUCCUUUUUUGCACUUUAUGUACAACUAGGUCAUAUUUUUAAGUAUAUAGUUUGCUUUACAGCAUAUUGUUUCUGCCAUUUAAUGUUAAAGGGACACUAUAGUUACCUGAACAGCUACAGGUUAAUUUAGCUGUUCUGGUGUCUAUUGCCUGUCCUUGCAGGCUUUUUCAUGUAGACUCUGCCUUUUCAUAGAAAAGGCAGUGUUUACAUUACUGCCUAGGAACACCUCUAGUGGCAGUCACUCAGAUGGCCACUAGAAGUGCUUCCUAUGGCAGUGCUGAACAAUUUGCAAUGUGCAGCACUGAUGUUCAGCAUCUCCAUGCUCUACAUGAGGAGAUUCUGAUUGAUGCAGCGUGUUUUGCCGUGCAUGCAAAUAGGAAAGCAUUGGAUUGGCUGAGAUCAUCUGGGAUGAGAAACUAGGCAGUAGAACACUUGUCCUUGCAAAUACUCAGUUGGCAAAACAUUCUAUUUAGUACUUGGCAGCCUUUCAACAGUUUCUCACACAUGUAAUUGGCUGGUGUCAGUAUAUUUCCUCUGGUCUGUUUAUCUGGGCUACUCAUGGUAGUGUUGUAGAAAUCCGUCAUAUAUUAAGUAAGCUGAUGCUGACUAAAUAUAGUUUAUUAUAGUGGUUAUUGAAUAAGGAGGCUGUUGGUGCAGUCAGUUUAUCAAAACAUUUUGAGCUGUAUGCCAUAAAACAGGGAAUUUCCAGUCACCAUAACCAUGUUUUGGCUUUGCUGAAUUACUGCAGCUGUUUCUGCAAUAGCAAACUGCUGUUGAUAUAAUGCAUGCCAUGCUAAAACAGUUCAUGAUAAUUGGGGGGGGGAUAUCCUAUUAUGGUUGUAGAAGAGCUAGGUUCAGGGCCGGAUUAACAUAGGGGCUGAUGGAGCUGCAGCUCCAGGCCCAGGCCCAUGGAAUAGGCCCAUUGAUUUAAAAAAAAAAAAAAUUUUUUUUUUUUUUUUUUUAAACUUUUUUUUUUUCACACUACUCUUAGGGAUUCCAUCUGGCUUUUAUUUUAUUGGCACAGCCAGUAUUUGAGGCUGCCUGGCUGGUGCCAAUAUUGCAGUUAUACUGGCAAUCAAAAUGCUGGUAUUUUUCUCAGUAUAAACAAGAGAUUACUCUGCAAUACCAGCACUGGCCAGUAGGGGUCGCUGUGUGUGUGAAGACAGGCAGGGAUAGGAAGUUCCAGCAUAUCCCUCCCUGCCUAUCUAUACUCACUGAUCUGCAGGGGUGCAGCUACAGAGGGUCCAGACAGCAACUCCCACCCUGCAGAGACAGCCUACAGCUCAGGGAAGUAAGGGAUGGGGGGAAAGGCUGCAAGGAGACAUACACUGAGACACUAAGGGCACUGGGAGACAUUAUGGCAGACACUAAGGGACACUGGGAGACAUUAUGGCAGACACUAAGGGACACUGGGAGACAUUAUGGCAGACACUAAGGGACACUGGGAGACAUGGGGCACUGAGACACUGAUACAUAGGAACACUGAGACCUGGAGUAAUCGACACAUGGGGGCACUGAGUCACGAGGGCACUGGGAGACAUGGGGGCACUGGGAGGAAUCCAUCUAUACAGCAGAAUCAAACUAAGUAGUUUUUUGGGUGAUUUUACAGCAUUUUCUCUUAUAUCACUCCUUGUGAUUUACAUCAUGAGAUGUCAUCCAUACAUAUUUAAUUAUGCAAAUUAGUAAGGCUGGUAUGUUUUUCCAAGAAAGGUGGCAACUCUAACUACUUUUCACAUACUCUUACUUAAGUAUGGAAACUUAAGUGGGAUGUAUGGGAACAAAACUUGUGUGGACUGGCUGACAAUGAAUAUAGUUAAAGGGACACUGUAGUCACCAGAACAACUACAGCUUAUUGAAUUUGUUCUGGUGAGUGGAAUCAUUACCGUCAGGCUUUUUGCUGUAAACACUGUUUUUUCAGAGAAAAUGCAGUGUUUACAUUACAGCCUAGUGAUAACUUCACUGGCCACUCCUUAGAGGACUGUUAGAGAUCCUUCCUGGGUCAUGGCUGCCUAAAAUGCAUCCAAACAUUCACUGUCUCCUCCCUCUGCAUGCAGACACUGAACUUUCCUCAUAGAGAUUCAUUGAUUCAAUGCAUCUCUAUGAGGAGAUGCUGAUUGGCCAGGGCUGUGUUUGAAUCAUACUGGCUCUGACCCUGAUCUGCCUCUUUGUCAGUCUCAGCCAAUCCUAUGGGGAAGCACUGUGAUUGGAUCAGGCCACCACUUCUAAUGAUGUCAGCAGACUGCUUGUUUUUAUGAGUCUAACAGCAUGCCGAGUUACAGCUUCAGGCUUGAAUAUAGAUUUUGCUAUAUUUAUGGAGGCAUGAGGGGUCCAGGGGGGGCUAGAUGGUGGUGUUAAUACUAUAGGGUCAUGAAUUCAUGUUUGUGUUCCUGACCCUAUAGUAAUCCUUUAAGGUAAUGCUGACUUUGGUCUCUAACACUGUGGCAUGUUCCCUUUCUUCUACACUCACUACAUACAGCUUUACUCUGUCCCAGACCAUAUACCAGGAUCUUCUGCCUGCUAGUAAGAAGGUAAGGAGACAAGUGGACCAGCGAGUGCUAGGGGACAGUCCUUAGAAAGCGUUGAGUGAGCGCAUCAUUAGAUGCAUUUAUGCCAAGCUCAGGGUGUUGUCUGCAUAGUAUGCCCUUAGUUGGGCUGCUGCAUGAUUGGCAGGCAGCCUGACAUGCAUUCAUGUCAGGCUGGCCUUCUAAUUCUUUGAGCAGAAAUGUCCUCUUUUUGGGCAUGUUUGCCCGUUUUGGCAGGUUACGUGAUUUGUGUCAGUGGCAAACCCUUUUACCGUGCCCAUUGACUUCCUGCUUGAUUGGACGUUGCUGUUAGGGUUAUGGAUUUACUUGAAAGCUGAAAACAUAAAUUAGAGAGAGAUUAGCCUAGGGUAUAUGUUUUCUUAUAGCUGCUGUUUUCUUUCUCUCCAGCACCAUCUCCAUCAGAUACAUGAUGCUUAUGAGUGUUUUACUGUUUUUGGUCGAUAUGAUUCUGUAAUUAGGCCCGUCAUAAUUGUCAGCACCAGGCCCACUGGGCUCUUAAUCUGGCCCUGGCUAGGUUUAGAGUAAUAAGGAAACCACUUUUGUUUUUAUACUGCUUGAAAAUAGCUUGGCAAAAAAAGCACUAUACUCCUAGUUUCCUUGCACCAUAACUACUUUUCGAAAAGCUGUGAUGGUUAUGGAUACUGCAGUCCAUUUUUAAGUGGUUCUAUAGUUUUGUUUACACAGAGUUUUUAACCUUUUAAAUAAAGGGCUAAUGCUUUAAAUUGCAACAAAAUCAGAGAAUAUGAGAACUGUAACCAAAGUCAAGCUACUAAAUUUCCUUAAGCUUUUGCCAAAUCUCAGUACCCACUGCAGUCUCAAUGUUUUGCUCACUUGUGCUAUUAAAAAGAGAAUCUAUACUAUUUGCUAGGGAUGCACCGAGAUUCCGGACGAAAAUGGGCAUAUCCCGUUUCAGCCGAAAAUGGGUCAAAUCUGCCGAAAAUUACACGUGCUGUCCUGCAGUGUGUCUUGGUGCACGUGGAGGCUGUUAUCAGUGAGCGCAUCCGCGGCUGCUUUCAGUGGAAUCAGAUUGAGACACCUUCUACCCUGGCAGGGACACCGCUAGCAUGACUCCCCGGCCCGCGGCUGCAGGGGCAACAUAACAUGGUGACUGGCCCGUGGGCCGCCAUGUAUGUGCUGAGCUCGGCACCAUGGAGGCCGCCAGACUGAUCGCAUCCAGUGAGGAUCCCGCCUGCCAUGCUGAAAGUGAAGAACAACAAGGGGAGGAAGAACAAGAGGGUGAACAGCAGCGGGGACGAGCAGGAGAAUGGGGCCAUGGCGGCAGCUGCUGAAGGGACGGCGGCCACCCCGACCUGUGCAGGAGCCGCAACCACAAGCUAUGCAACCGGACAGUGUGCUCGGCUGCACAGUCUGCAAACCCCCAAAAAAGUAAGAUCCGCCUCCAGAGCACGGCCGUGUCUGGCUAGACAGGGUUAACCAUGCAUUGACUGAGAGCCACUGACAGUCCUUGGCACAGCUCUCUGGCUGGAUGUGGAGCACAGUCCAAUGGGGGGCACAGCUCUCUGGCUGGAUGUGGAGCACAGUCCAAUGGGGGGCACAGCUCUCUGGCUGGAUGUGGAGCACAUUCCAAUGGGGGGCACAGCUCUCUGGCUGGAUGUGGAGCACAUUCCAAUGGGGGGCACAGCUCUCUGGCUGGAUGUGGAGCAUAGUCCAAUGGGCGGCACAACUUUCUGGCUGGGUGGAUGUAUUGGCUAACAUCAACCCAGCAGGACUGAGUUGUCAAUCACGCUUGUUUAAAGUCACAGCUUGAUGUCAUAUAAAUCAUUACUAUUUUAAAAUCAUUUGGAUAAUAGUCAUUUUAUGUUUUGUUUUUCGGCCAAGGGCAUCCUGAAUUUUCACUUUUGGCCCAUUCAUACUAUUUGCAUAUCAGACUGAUCCCACCUAUAAGGGCAGUUCAGAACAGCAAUGCCAACAAGUUCUCUCUGUACAAGAUACAGCAACCCCAACUAUUGUUUUGGCCUUCUUUUGGGCCUCAUCAGCGAGGUCCCCAAAAGUAUCCCAUCAUAACCAGGAACCCCACAGAAGUUACAUCCCCAGAUAGCUCUGAUUGGAGUGUACAAUUUGGCCAAGUAUCACUCAGAUACAUUCAACAGAAUUGAAUUGCCACCGGGGUAAAGUUUUGACUGGCCGGACACAAGGUGAUGGCCCAAAACAAUUUCAGGGAUAUAGGUGCCCCGGCCGUUUUCUGUUCUUCUUGUUUUCAGGAAGCGAAUGCUCCCCCCCGCCCCCCCAGUUGGUAGUUCCCAUCUCCUGAACGUUGUUUGCGUAGUUGGUCGGGAAGUAGGACGGCAGCGGUAUAACCUUUACUGGGGUUCGUGUGGGUGCCUAGCCCAAAAGAGUUUCAGGCACUCAACGACCAAGUACCGCUGCCCACGUUCGGGUGGAAAAUGGCCGCCACUCUUUUGCUGACCAAGUGUAUUCGGUUACACGAAAUGGUGGCAACCCAGGGGAAACAUAUAUUAUUUACUUCCCUUGUGGUUUCACAUUUAAGUUGCAAGGUGAAAACAUCUUAAUGGGGUACCGGGGUGGUCCUCGUUCGGGAGUCGAAUGCAUAGUGUUCAGAUACCAUAACUCCCAAACAGAUAAAAAGUAAAUGAAAUGAAAUUAGCAGUAUGUUCCGCCACAGAUACCGCACUCGUCUAGUAGCCCAGGUGCUCUGGAACCAGGGAUGGCCAAGCCCCCCUUCUAGAUGUAUAAAAUAAAUAAUGGCCCAGGCAGUGCCGGCCUUUGGUGCCCUGUGCGAAAAAUCUUCACCACGCCACUCCCUGGUCAUAAAGUUUUAUGAAUAGUGCAAAUUUGCAAAAGAAAGCAUUGGAUUGGCUAAAGUUGGCAAAGAGGUGAGGCCCAACACAGUUUUGGCCAAUUAGCACCUCCUCAUAGAGAUGCAUUGAAUCAAUGCAUCUCUAUUAGAAAAUUUCUGCGUCUUCAUGCAGAGCGUGGAGAAAAUGGCAGUGCUGCCUACUGUGCAGUACUGCCCCAGGAAGCACCCCUUGUGGCCACUUGGAGGUGUCCCUAGGGGGCAAUGUAAACGGCAGUGUUUGCAUGAAAAUGCCUGAAGGAAAUUACUAUACUCACCAAAGCCAUAGUUGUUCUGCUGAAUCUAGUGUCCCUUUAAAGGAACUAGCCAUUUAUGGUUUCUAACAAUUUAGUAGAUGUACCCCCAAAGAAAAAAAUAUGCAUGCAAUUCUUUGUGCAUGUUUUCUUUGUGGAUAUGUGAAAUCUCGGUUUACAAUAGCUGCAGAUCUAGAUUGAUUGAUUGAUUUUACCCUGCUUUGGCACACUUUCCAAAGCAGGGCAAUGUAGGUGCGUAUGCAAGUUCUUGUUCAAAACCCCUUGGACUUGCAAUAUGUAGUUCUUCUGUAAAAGCAGACAUUGUGUGCAUUGAGCCUCUGCAUCUGCCCAUUAAAAAAAACACACACACCAUUAAAGGACCACUAUAGGCACCAAGACCACUUCAGCCUAAUGAAGUGGUCUGGGUGCCUGGUCCAGCUAGGUUUAACCCUUUUUUCUAUAAACAUAGCAGUUUCAGAGAAACUGCUAUAUUUACAAUAGGGUUAAUCCAGCCUCUAGUGGCUGUCUCAUUGACAGCCGCUAGAGGCGCUUCCGCGCUUCUCACUGUGAUUUUCACGGUGAGAAUACGCCAGCGUCCAUAGGAAAGCAUUGAGAAUGCUUUCCUAUGAGACUGGCUGAAUGCGCACGUGGCUCUUGCCGUGCAUGCGCAUUCAGCCGAGGAGAGGAGGAGGAGAGCUCCCUGCCUGGCGCUGGAGAAAGAGGUAAGUUUAACCCCUUCCUCCCCCUAGAGCCCGGCGGGAGGGGGACCCUGAGGGUGGGGGCACCCUCAGGGCCCUAUAGUGCCAGGAAAACGAGUAUGUUUGUUUUCCUGGCACUAUAGUGGUCCUUUAACCCAGACAUGCACUGACUAUGCACACUCUCUGAUACACAUUGACUUGAGUCCUUCACAUACAAGAAUAUUGCGCAAACUACACCCCAUAUUAGGCUUCUCCCUCUAUCAUAAACUUUUCGUCUCUCCCUGCUAUGUUUUGCUAUUCGGAGUUCCUGGACCAUUAUUUAUUUUUAGAUUUUAUGAAAUGUCUGUGCAUAGAUAUUCAUAAGAUCACAUAUACACCCUGUCACUUAUAGAUAUAAGAAAUAAUGACACUGCACUAAUGUUCUCUGAAUUAAGCUAAAUGCUUUUCUUGCCUUUAAAGACCAUGUGUGGGUGGAAAUAUAUUGAUAUUUUGAUUGAUAUGUAAUUGAAUAGGGCAUUUAAUGGGACACUAUAGUCAUAAGAACAACUACAGAUUAAUGGCAUUUGGCUCAGCCUUCACCCUGCCUCCUUGGCUGAGAUCAUCAAAAUUGACCAUCUCAGCCAAUUCAAUGUGUUCCUACAGGGAAGCAUUGGGAUUGGAUGAGAUCAUCCCUUCUGAUGAUGUCAGCCAAGGAGGCAGCUCAGGGACAAAGCCAGCACCAGCAGACUGGAAUAAAGGUAAGAUUUUACUAUGGUUAGGGGAGCAAGGGGAGACCACAAGGAAUAAAUGUUUGUGUUCCUGACCCUAUAGUGUUCCUUUAAAUAUGCAUUUAUUUGUUUUUCAGAAUGUUUUCCUAAGUGCUUCAAAUUUAGUGCUGUAAUUCACACUUGAUCUACAGCAUUUGUUUGGCCAACCCAAACUUCCUUGUUAGUGCUGAUAAGCAAGAUAAACAUUUCGUACAAAAAAAUAUAUAUUUUAAAAAGCACGCACACUCAGCAGCUUUUGUGGGAAUUCCAUUAAAAUGUCUUUAUUAAAUCAUUGUACAAGGCAAAAAAGGAGAGCCACAUACUUGUGUAUAUAUUGGCAAGUAAACCUAAAAAAAAAAAACUGUCGGAGAAGGGGAAUGACAAUCGAUAAAUCAGAAGAAAAAAAAACGCUGAAUUUUCUGCACGUUUGCUGAUGCUUUUCCAAUGGCUAGCCCUUCUUUAUUUUGUUUACUCCCCCUCCCCGACUUUUCAGUCUCUUCCUCUCCCCACUGUGAAAUGUGGUAAUUUGUUAAAUGUAUUUGAUAGCACUCAAGAAAUGUAUAAAUGCAUAUUUUUGUUUGCGUGAAGAACAAAAUAAUGUGUAUAUGACUUGCAUUUUAUUUGCCACUCGUUUGUCGCUUCUUUAAGCUUCUUUAAAGAGAGAGGUAAACUACAAAAUGUGACAUUAUCUGUUUCUGGGAAGUGCACCCAGCCUCUAGGCUUUCUUGCAAGACUCACAAAUGUGCACAUGCAUGUAUGUGCCAUGGUAACUUCUGUAAAAUACCAAAUUGUAAUUUGUAUUCUGGAAUUUGCAUGUUCUUGUGUGAUAUUUUAAUGGGAUCAAAUCUGCUUAAAUGUAAAGUAGACCUGGAACUUUAAAUGAGCGCUAAGCACUACAAACAAUACAACUCAUUGUAGCAGUUAUGGUGCCAUGUUUGGUUUAUUUCUGUCAAAACAUUUUGUUCAUGGGGCACUGUAUUUCAUAUUUUCACAAAUUAAAAUCUGUUCUAUCUCAUGUUAGCCUUUUGACGUUGAUCAUUGUCCAUACAACAUUGUCUCUUCUUUCUAGUCCAUAAGUGUAAAUUUGUUUUCCACUCAUACCCUAUCAUACCCCCACUACAAGUCAGUAGUGUUUAUGUAUCCCUAAUCAAGGCCGGAUUAACAUAGGGGCUGAUGGAGCUGCAGCUCCAGGCCCAUGCCCGUGGAAUAGGCCCAUUUAAUAAAAAAUAAAAAAAAUUAAUGAUUUACAUCAUGUGAUGUCACACAUACAUAAUUAGUUAUGCAAAUUAGUAAGUCCUGUAUUUUUUUAUUUUUUUUUCCAAGAAAGGUAGCAAUCCUAACUACUCUUCACAUACUCUUGCUUAAGUUUGGAAACUUAAGAGGAAUAUAUGGAAACAAAUCUUGUGUGGUCUAGCUGAAAUUAAAUUAGUUAAGGUAAUGCUGACUUUGGUCUCUCUGUGACUGUGGCAUGUUCCCUUUCUUCUACACUCACUACAUCCACUUUUUAUCUGUCUCAGACUGUAUACCAUGAGCUUCAGUCUGCUAGUAAGAAGGUAAGGAAACAAGUGGAAAUGUCAGUGCUAGGGGGCUGUCCUUAGAAAGCAUGGAGCAAGCGCAUCAUUAGAUGCAUUUAUGUCAAGCUCAGGAUGCUGUUGGCGAGCAUGCAUGAUUGGCAGGCAGCCUGACAUGAAUGAAAAAAGAAUUAAUUAGAAAUUAGCAUAUUUUAAGAGAAUCUGAGUUUUCUUAUAGUUGCAUCUUAUGAGUUUCCCUCCGCAACAUCUCCACCAGAUGCAGGACGGUUGAGAGGUAUGACUGUUUUAGUGUUUUUGGUUGAUAAUAUGCUGUACUUAGGCCCCUCAUAAUUGUCGGCACUAGGCCCACUGGGCUCUUAAUCUGUCCCUGUCCCUAAGGUCACAUGACAUUGUGAAGACUUCCUGUAUUACCAUGGUAAAAGAAAAUACAUUGCAACAUGUGUUUGUUUUUUGUUACAUUUUAAAAUAAGCCAAGGGUAAUUUAAAUAUUGAUUACAAAUAUGUUUUGGUUAAGGGAAGAGGAUUAUUUGAAUGUAGUAAUGUACAGAAAUUGAAAUAUAAAGUAGUUGUGUAUCCUGUGCAUGAGGCUGAUAUAUUUUAUUUUUUUUACAGGAAAAAUGUUCAAGAUUGCAGUGUAUUUGGGUCAUUGCAUUUUUAACCUGCUCCUCGGUCCUUUUGUAUUACACUUUCUACACACAGGCUCUUUAUUACAGGUAUGUGACUGUAGAAAAAAUUCUUUAAUUCUACAUGUUGUAAAGGGGAUUUCGAGACCCAGUUGGUUUCCUCAUGUACAUUUUAAAAUACAACAUUGUCCUCUGAGUUAUAUUCCCUCUUGUUCUGUUGUCAACAGCUUGAUCUUCAUGAACCCUUCUCUUGGACCUCUACAGUUCUGGGAUGCUUUGUGGGUUGUGGGGAUCACAGAUUUCAUUGUAAAGUUUUUCUUCAUGGGCCUUAAGUGUUUGGUUCUAUUGGUGCCUUCUUUUGUGGUAUCCUAUAAAAGCAAGGUAAGAGGACAAGCAAACUUACUUCAAAAAACACCAUGCUAUUCUCAUACAUAAAUGGAUGGAAAAAUCUUCCUUCACACUAUUUAUAUCCUAAAGCUCUGCAAAGUGUUAUGAUCUAAAGAUGUUUGUGGUCAAGAUUUUGGUCAUCUGUCAGCCCUUAACUUUAUUUACAAAAUAUAAAAUGUUAGUCUUGCUGAACUUAUGGUCAAUAACUUGAGGAAUCCACACCACAAAAUUCUCUAGCUAUGCGAAAAGCUUUCAAAUCUUUGCAGAGAUGAUUUCAAGCUAUUAUUUUAUCUUGCAAUUCAUAUAGUACUUUUGUUACAGGACAAUGCUAUGCAUGUUAUAUUUAAUUACUAUUAAUAAGUGAAUGUUAAAAAUUAACCAUCCUGAAACCUGCAGACUACAUAUGUCUAUUUUAAAGCCACGUGUAUGUACCAGGAGUAUUAUUUUUUUAGUGUUUUUUUUUUUUUUUUUACACACUUUAAUAUUUUGGUGAUCUGCAAGUAAACUAGUACUAAUUUGACAAUAAAACAUUUUCAAUCCAAUCAUGAAAGGUUCCUUUCAGUUUUAUAAUAAAAUGAAGCCAGACCAAGUAUUGCAAACAGGUCAACCCUCUAAGGGUUAUUAACAUUGCAAUAUGACUCAUCCAAAAUAAAAAUAAACAUCUGUAUGAAAGAGCAAGCUCUGAGCAUUGUGCAAAGACCUAUAUAUUUACUAAAAUUGCAGAAUUGCCCAUAUUUCUUACCCUAAUUGAUAAUAAUAGUCCACGUAAUAAAUGGUCUUGGAUACAAACUAUUGUCGCACUAGAUAACCAAGUAGAGUACACAUGAAAAUCAGGUAAAACUGGCUAAAGGAUAGUUAUUUCAACAAUUAUUAUCUGACUCUUGAGACAUACCUUGAUGGAGCAUAGCAUGCAUUCAUAGAAAUAAGUUUGCAUUUUUGUCAUAACUGCUAAGAACUACAAUAUCAUCUACUUCCAGUUAAGGAUUCCCAGUAAUAUUAAUUGUGGUUUGUGCUGAUUUUACUAUUUAUUUAUAAAAAAAAUUUUUUUUUUUUUUAAAGCAAACUGAAUAUAUAUAUUUUUUUUCCUUUUCCAAUUAUACUGUAAACUUUUUUUUUUUUAAAUUAAUUAUAUUACUUUAUUUCAGGGCUACUGGUACAUGGCUUUGGAGGAAAUUGCUCAGUAUUUCUGCAUGUUUGUUUCUACACCAGUUUGGUUCCGUUACUUAACUGAUUAUGGUGCUGAAACCAGUGGAGCUGAGUGGCAUUUUGGGGUUUUGUUGGCUUUGCUCUACCUCAUCUUAAAAGUAAGUACAGGACGCAUGAUAGUUUACAUGCAACUUGCAUGGGUUGUAAUUGACUCCUGACUAAACAUGUCCAGGCCAUGAAGUUCAAGUUACUGAUAAACUAAUAAUUUGCUAUGUUAGUCUAAUCAAUUUAAAUUAAGAGAACAGUUAAAGACCACUCUCAGCAGGAAGAACGAGUGUUAGGUAACCUUUUCCAUAUCCUUUAUAAAGAUGUAGAAUUGUUAGCGUGAAUUGUACUUUAAGCCUUCAACAGUCUGGUUGAGGUUCAAACGGUUGUGAUUUUUGAUCCUCCUGACCACCCACAAUUAUCAAACAAGAACAAUUUAGAAAUUAACUUAGUGGACAGUUUAAAUUGUCAAAUUAAACAUUUAUUUUCUUUUACAGCUUUUCAUCCUUUUUGGACAGUGGAAAAAAUCUGCAAAUAACUUAUUACUGUUUUUCACUCAGCCGGUAAGGAAUGUUCAAAAUGUUUGUUUUUCCCAUCUUGAAUGUUUAUUUUUUUAAAGGGGGGAGAGGGUGGUGGGGGGGACCUAGACCAGUCAUGUCCAAAGUCUGGGUCGUGUUCCAGUUUAAUACGGCCCCAAUGGUAAUUUGUCAAAAUCUAUCUGUUGUGGCCCCCAGUGAAUCCCCGAGCGCUGCUCAGAACCCCUGGGAUCUCUGGAUCUUUCAACGCUGCCGGACUGCACGUCCUCAGUCUGCGUUCUUGCGAUGUCUCGGACGGUGCGGUAUUUGGUGCGUUCCUUCUCCCUGCGCUGUAUCUUCACCACACACAGCCACAAAGGCAGGCAAUUCAUCUUUGCUGCAACAUAGAAGCGUCACUUCUCCCUGUGCUGCGUCUUCAUCACACACCGCCACAAGUGCAGGCAAUUCAUCUUUGCUGCAACUGAAGAGUACCUGCACUUGCCAUCUUUAUUCAGGACAGGGGACAAUAGACAAUAGUCCAGAAGGGCUAAAAGUAAAAAAGAUCAAAGUUUAUUACAUGAGGCUACAAGACACCGUCUCCAGACACUAUCCCUCACUUGUGACCCGCCAGCAUUUAGCACUGUACAUUACAGCGUAACUUCGUUUGGAAGAGAUCUCUGGCGAAUUCUUGUUUGACAGUGUAUUAGUGCUCAGGUGAACACACUUAGUAUAAUUAGGGCUUGGGUGAACAGCUCUCUCUCUUGUAAACUUCUACCGCCAACUGGAUAAGAGCCAGUUUCAAGAUAUUCAAACAUUGGCUAAGAAAAUGCUAAGCUUGUUUGGCUCAACAUGUUUGUGUAAGAAGACAUUCUCUGCUAUGAACUUGAACAAGAACCGCGUGAGGACAAGACUAAGUUACUCUCACCUGCGUGACAUUUUGCGCAUCAAAACCACUGCCUUUGAACCAGACCUAGCCUAUUUGCUGCAGUCCAAAUCUCAGUUUCACCCUUCACAUUAGUGCAGGCAAGUUUUUUUUUUUGUUUGUUUUUUUUUCUUUUUUCCUUUCCCUUUCCCCAAUUGAGAUGACUACAUCGUAAAAUCUCAGUUAAUGUCAGUUGGUCUAAAUCGGUUAUAAAUAUAUUUGGACACAACAUAUAUACUUAGUGUUAUGUUCCUAUCCAUAUUUUUUUUGUAACCUAAAAGUUGAAAGACAACCUUUAUUAGCAAUAAUAUGUAAUGCACUUUACAAUGUUCCUGACAUAUAUUUCAGCUUCCUGAAUUUUACAGAUACAUACACUUAAAGGACCACUAUAGGCACUCAGAUCACUUCACCUCAAUGAAGUGGUCUGGGUGCCAGGUCCCUCUAGUUUUAACCCUGCAGCUGAAAACAUAGCAGUUUCAGAGAAACUGCUAUGUUUCACUGAGGGUUAAUCCAGCCUCUAGUAGCUGUCUCACUGACAGCCGCUAGAGGCGCUUCCGCGAUUCUCACUCUGAAAAUCAGUGAGAAGACGCUGGACGUCCAUAGGAAAGCAUUGAGUAAUGCUUUCCUAUGGGCGGUUUGAAUGUGCGUGCGGCUCUUGCCGCGCAUGUGCAUUCAGAGCUGGGACGGAGAGAUCCCCAGCGCAAAGGUGGCCUGGCGCUGGAGAAAGGCAAGUGCUGAAGGGGUUUUAACCGCACACACGCUCUCUCACGAACAGACGCACGCACAUUUACUGACCCACACACUCAGUGACAGACAUACAUACACACUCACUGACAGACAUACACUCACUUACAAUACAUACUCUCGCUGACAAACACACACUAACCUCAAGCAGACUCCCUAACAGACACACACAAACUAACACGCUUAGUAACACACACACACUGACCCUAACUAGCAGACACACUCAAUAACACACACUCACACACACAAGCAGACACACACAACUAACACACACACUCGUAUUUUUUUUUUUUUUUACAUUUAAUCCCCCCAGCCUCCCUACCAUUAGGAGUGCUGAGGGGAGUCCCUGUGGUCCAGUGGGGCUGCCCGCCGGCCGGUCCUGCAGGCUGCGAGGGAGCACUGAUCCUUCUGUUCAGCUCCCUCGCGCGCCGCUUACUGAUGAAGGAGCCGGAAUGACGUCAUAUUCUGGCAUCGGUGCGCGGGAGCUGAGCAGAGAGCACUCGGGGAGAAUGCUCCUUCGCGUGCGCGCCCACUUGGUGACAACAUUGCCAGCCUUGGGGGGCCCUAAGGUGGCCAGCUCCGGGGCCCCUCAAAAGAAGAGGCUGGCAAACUGCAUACAUACCCGGUCGCAGGGCAGCCGGGCCCGCGACCGCGGUAUGUACGCCAGUGGUUUUGAGAUAUGUUUAUUGCAGGCCUAAACACUUCUCCAGUGGCUGUCAAUAUGACAGCCACUAGAUUGUGCUUCUAUAAUGAGAACCACAUCAGACUCUGUUCUUGAAGUUGUAAGCACUUUGGGGAAAAGGGCAGUGCAGCGGAUGCAGUGUUGUGCUCUGGGUAACCUUGUGUUCUGGUAUUCAUGUGAAUGUUACUUUGACAUGUACAACCCUUUAUCGGAAUGUUGUUUCCAGAUGGCAUUGUCUUCUUUUAGCAAAAUAUAGAACCCUGCCACACUGCAAAAAUUGUUCAGGAAUGGAUUGUGGAAUAUGAAAAAGAGUUCAAGGUGUUGCCUUGCUCUCGAAUUUUCCCAGAUUUCAGUCCAUUUAAGUAUCUCUGGGAUAUGCUGGAGCAACAAAUCUGAUCAAUGGAGGCUCCAAUCCAGCAAAUUGCAGGACCUAAAAAAAUCUGGUAAUGUAUUUGUUCCAGAUACCACAGGACACAUUUAGAAGUCAUGUGGAGUCCAUGCCUUGAAUCUUCACUCCAGUUUUGGCAGCACAAGGGGGACUUGCACGAUGUUGGGCAGGUGGUUUUAAUUUGGGCCUGAUCAGUGUAAGUCCACAAUGCUUCUCUAUAAGAAACAUUUGAUUGGACAAGGCAGAUGAGGGGUUAAUUUAAUUUAUUCUUAAUUUUUUUCCUCUUUUUUCAUGAAUGGUGCUAAAGCCACAGUACAUGCCACUUCAUAGGAAUCUGUGACAGAGGUGAAGUGCAUAUCAUACAUGUGUAUGAUAUGAGUGGCGCACAAUGUGGGUGGAAAGGGAUUGUGAUGUUUUCCUUGUGGGUAGAUGAUGAUCAGGUCUGCAAGGUAGAAGAUGAUCAGGUCUGCCACCAGCACGCUAUGACGACAGACGCAAAAUAUACACUGACAUUGGCAGCCUGGAACAGAGUUCUGGGAUUCCAAUUAGACAUUUCUGAGGGUGCAACUAGCCCCCCUGCACACAAUUAUGAAUAUCUCUGGAUGUGCACUGUUUCAAGCUAAAACACUUCACGUACUGACUCCUACCACCAUGACCACUUUAGAUAACCGAAAUGAUCGUGGUGGUUGGAGUAACCCUUUAAUCUGGAACAGAUACUGAGAUACUCUAAUGCAGUUUGUAACAGAGAAUUAUAAAAAAUAUACCCAAUGAACUAAAAUACUACAAAAUAAGAGCGGUUAAAUCUGCCAGUUAUGAUGCAGUGACAGUAGGGUUUAGUGGAAUUCUUUGCCAGUCUAUUGUUGCUGAGAGUCUGACUGCUAGUUUGAUGCUAAUUAUAUCUGAAGUGUUGCCUUUGUCUCUGUGUGGAUUCUGCAUUGUAAGCAGUGGUUCCAUUAACCAGGAUAUCAAGCACUGCCUUACAGAUGCUAAUCUCACACUGGAAUGCAUGUUCAGAAAUUGGAUCACAGCAGAUGCUCCACUCUCCCUACAAAGACAAAGGAUGUUAGAAACGAAUUGCUUGGCAUUGCCAAAAUUGUUUCUAUUUCCAGCUGAGGUAGCAUGGAGCCGGCUGCCUGUGGAAGCAUUGUAGGCAACAUGCGAGGGAGCAGUACUCUGCCUGUAGCUCCUCUCUGCUCCCUUGCACUGUCUGAUGCCGGGAGCUGGAAUGUGACGUCACUCCAGCCCCGGCAUCAUUACAGAAAACAAGAGGGAGCAGAGAGGAGCUUCAUGCAAAGUACUGCUCCCUCAAACGCAGGAAGAGAGCAGCCCCACUGGACCCCAGGGAAAGACCCACUCAGCUCUCCCAAAGAUAGGGAAGCUGAGUGUGGUUCAAUUAAAACAAAAAUGUACGUGUUUAUGCGCGUGCGCCUGUCAGUGUGUGCUUGCAAGCCUGUUUUCAGCGUGAGUGUGUGAGCCUGUCAGUGUGUGCGUGUUUAGGUACCUGCCCCGUCUGAUCGCAUGAGGAAGGUGUUUUUACUCGCCUUUUUCCCCCAGGCCAGCUUCGCCGCAGCUGGUCCCAUCUCUAUGGCUAAGAUUAUCAAUCUUUAUGAUCUCAGCUAAACCAACGCUUUCCCUUAGGAAAGCAUUGGGAGGAUUUUGUGCAGCAAAUGUGCCAAUCUGCAUCUCCUCAUAGAGAUGCAUUAAAUGAAUUAAUCUGUAUGAGGAACAUUCAGCACCUUCAUGCAGAGCUUGGAGAUACUGAAAUACUGAACGUGGGUGCUGCACAUGGUGCAGCAAUGACUUUGGACUCUCUAGUGUCCGUCUGAGUGACUGUCACUCUAGGUGUUAAUAAGCAGCAAUGUAAACCCUGCCUUCACUGCCUUUUCUCUGAAAAGGCAGUGUUUACACUGAAAAGCCUGCAGGGACAGGCUAUAGACACCAUAACAACUAACUCAAGUCGUAGUGGUUCUGGUGACUAUAGUGUCCUUUUUAAGAAUUGCAUUUUAUUAUUGAAAAUGACUGGUUCCUAACUUUUUUUUAGCUGGCUCUUAGAUUCCAAACACAUUUGUCAAGCCCUGUCAUAGAAUGUGAUAAAAUAAAACAAGCUCAGGGGCUGUUAUCCAAACGCAUGUACCUCGCCAUAGGGCUCCAAGACACGGUCCACCAUGUCAAUAAAGAAAAUUUAAAUGGGAAUCUUCAAUCCAGAGCUAAAUUAUGAAAAACAAAUUGGUGACUGUACUUGUGAGAAAUUCUUCAGAGAACAAAAUGUAAACCCGAUUUUAAUACAUUGUUGUCCUUGUGUGGAAAUAAUUAGUAUUAAGUAACACUUAAACCUUUCUGCCUUGGUGUACUUUUUUUAAAUGGAGGCAUGCUCUACAUUGAUAAUGUCAAAUUUUAAAGGGAUGCUGUAGUGCCAGGAAUACAAAGCUGUAUUGCUCCCCCUCCCCUGUAAAUAAAGGGUUAAAAAAAAAAACUUUUAUAUACUUACCUGAUCCCAGUGGUGAUGUCCCUCGGCGUUGGGGCAAAGUUCCACCCCCUCCAAGCGGGCUCUAAUACGCAUGUGCAGCAAAUACCGUGUGCAUUGAAUCAAUGCUUUCCUACGGAGAAAAAAUCUGAUGCUAGGUGUCCUCAUGCAGAGCGUGAGCAUAUCCAGUGUCAAAACCGGACGAAUGGUCCGUUUCGAUUCAGAAAACCCUCUAGUGGCUGUCUGGUAGACAGCCACUGUGGGCAGACUUAGUCCUGCAAUGUAAACAUUGCGGCACUAUGUGCAAAAGGGACACUGCACCCAAACCACAAAAAAAAAACAACUCUUACAUAAACUUGUAUUGCAUCUUGUUAUAGAACUGAUCCAAAACCAAUAACCAUUUAGGUACCAGGUUUAACCUCUUAAGGAAAAUCCCUUUUACACUAUGAUUAUUAAGUGUUCUUGCAUGGCAAGACCACUUACUAUUAUCUCGCGUAUAUAUUAAGUGUUCUGGCAUGGCAAGGCCACUUACUAUUAUCUCACAUAUGUAUUAUUCUUAUUAUUAUAGACAAAUCUACCACCCUAACUCCUCCUACAGUUUUUACACUACAUAGACAGUAAUAUACCGAAACGUGCGGAUUGUUCCCGAUCAGUGUGCUAUUACUUUGUGGAACGUUUCGCCGAAUGGUUCAAGAAAGAAUAUUUUUUGUGGCGAAAUUGGUCCCAUAGGAAUGCAUGGCAGAAUGUUCAAAACUAGAGUGGGAGCUGAAAAAUCAGGACAUGAUUUCUAAACUGCCACCACUCCCUCAUUUUCAAGCCCACAUACACAAAUCUUAUAUCAAAACGUUCAGCUAUCCCUGCUAAACAUGUCCAAGACUAAGCCAUAGUCCUGAUAGUUUUCACAAUAUGACUAUUUGUAUGCAACUCACGGCGUCCAUUGACAUGCAUUGAAACUCCACUCUAGCCACCUCAAAUCUGAAGGGCAAUUUUUUUAACUGCGACUGUGCCAUCAAUUUUAAUACUUCAGAGACAUACUAUGCGUCUGGGUCUUGUGAUUCUCACAAUAUAAAGCUCUUCGCUGUAGGAUUUAUAGUUUUUAAAACUACGACCGUUUGAAGAUGGCAACUGCCAGUGAAGUGAGAAAUUUGGAGCAGUUUGUUUUUAACCGCUCUUCUCUGCCCUUGCUGUAGAGUGAGUUGUCAUCGGAACCCAGGUGUGUGAGCAGCCAGCUGAGUGUUCCGGAACACAGAGGCUGCUAGAUGAAACACAUUCUCUAAAUUGCUGUCAUUCCUACAGUUUUGAUAACACAAAAGUGAGAACUAUCACAUUUAAUAAAUAUAUUUCCAUGUUAGUCAAUUCGUUAUACCUGUAACAGAAAAACAGUAACAUACAAUGUUACAACAAUACAGCUAAUCAAUGUUUCAUAAAGUUACUCUGCCCAGUCCAACCUUUCCACUGUUACUCCAGCCACUCCAACCACACAACAGUUACUUAAGCCACUCUACCCUGUUACUCCGCCCACUCCAGUUGUAGACUACCGGUGGAGGCAAGACACUUCACACAAUUUCCCCAGAAAUUGUAGCUUUUCUCAUUUCUAUUUGGCAUCUACCACUUUUGAGACCAUAUUUCUCUUAAAACAUUUAAUGUUUAAUUAGAAGAAUUAAGCUAAUACCUGAGAUACCUGAUUCAAUUUUUCUACAUUAGCUGCAAAUUCUCAUGCUGUGUAACAUCUGUAAUGAGCUCAAUCAGUCAUGAUAUUCCAUAAACAAUCUAUAGCUCUGCUGUAUGGAUCUCAUUAGAAGUGCUUUUCAUUAAUGCCUUAUAUAGCGAGUUAAAGUUUACCUAGACAGUACAUUUUAACAUUCAGCUAUAGAAAACAAAAAGUGAAAUGUUGUAGGUUCAGAGGAAGGAGCAGAAAGGGUGGCGUUAUGCAGCAAAACUAAUUAUUUAAAUAGGCUUCGAUUUAAAAAUAAAACAUCCCUGAAUAACUCCAACACAUUGGUACCAGGAAUGCUUCUUCAAUGCAUGUAAAGGGUAUUUUAAGUAAAAAUUAAAGGCACCCUUUAAUGCAGAGACUGUGAUCUGCAUAGCAGUAAUUCAAAUGAUAUCUGGAGAAAUUACAUCCAUAUGAUGGUACAUACAGAUGCAGAACAGAAGGUAGCAUAAUAUACCGAAUUUAAUGGCUGGAACCAAGUAAUUGUUUAUGUUGCGUUUAUAUUUGUAUAUUACCGUAUGUUAUACUACUACAUACAAUGUUGUCAUGAAAUGUACAUAAUUUUGCUGGUAAGCCUCUUUUAUUAUGCUAUGAUGAAUGAAAUGUUAGUGCUUUAGAAGUUAAACAUUUCUCUUGAAUCGGGAAGGUUUGCCUGCUGUCACUGCACUGGCAUUUUACUCACACAAUCUGCCUGAAUGUAAAUCAAAGCAGCAUGCAGGAUCUCUGCAGCCUGCAUAAGAAGCCUAUUGUUUAGAAGUCCAAAUCAUCUCGACAAUUUACAAGCCUUUUGUUUUUCCUGUCUCUUCCAGACGUACGGAACGCCUGCAACCAAGAGGCAGUGUUCAGAAGCUGAUGAUAUCUGUGCAAUCUGUCAGGCAGAAUUCACAAAACCCACUGUACUUGUAUGCCAGGUAUGGCCAGAUCCGGUUGUGUGAUAGAGAUUUAUUAUUAAAUGCUUAGAUGCAUAUCAAUAUUCUGAAAUUUGAGAUGAAAUUACUAUAAGAAAAGUAAAAGUGUAAGAUUUUACCAAGCAUUUUUUUUUUAAACUUGCAGAGGUUGCCAGAAUUUUGUUGUAGAGCUAUUUUUUAACUACAACUCCCAUGGUGCUCAUCCAUCUGGCUCCCAGUGGUAUCUUUUCUGAGGGAUUUAAGUGUUCAACAACUAGUUAGCCUGUUGAUGGAUGCUAAGCAGGGGGUAGGCAACAUUCAGCCCUCUAGAGGUUGUGGACUACACCUCUCCUGAUGUUUUGCCAACAUUAUGGCUGUAAAAGUAUUUUGGGAGAUGUAGUCUACAAUAUCAGUUUUGCCGAAUGUUGCCUACCCUGCUAUAAAAAAUAAGGUUUGAUUUUCACAAUCCAGUUGUAUAACCAUUUAAUUCCUGUAUGUAAGUGUAGAAGUAUCCCAAAAGUAAUUUUUUUUUUUUUACCCAGCCACUGGUGUGAGAGGCUGAAUUCAAGUAGAACAGAAGGUGACACAUAAAAUUAAAAGGCAUACAUAUUGACAGCAGUUACAAUCAUACAGUGUCUAACAGACAUUAUUGCCAGUGAGUUGAUUUUUUUUUUUUUUUUACAUUAGACUAUUUUUAAUGGGGGGUCUUUCACACCCCCUCCCCCCUCAGUUUUUGUUUUCUUAAUUUUUUAUUUUUAAAGAAAACAUACAGUAACAUACAGCCUUGUGAUGUCACAACGACAUUGACAAGCAUAUUGUAAGUAUACAUGUAGGUACAGCGCCAUGGCAUAUGAGAGAGUUGCACUUUUUUUUUUAUUUUAUAAAACAUGCUUAGUGGUCUAACUUAAUGAAGAGCAAGACUAAGUAGCAGUACAUUCUUACAGCAUGAGUAGUCUGGAAAGCUCUUAACAACCAACUAGUCUUACAUAGACGUUAAUGUGACAUGCUGUGUUUAAAAAAAAUCAAGUGAAAGAUCAAAGUGAAAUAAACUGUAUGCCUGCAAUGUCAGACUAGGCUAAAUAUUAGUAGUGAUAGAUUAUGUAUACAUGUCUGAGGCAACGAGUAGACCUAGGCUGGUGAGAGUUUUUUUUUUGUGUAUAUUAAAGAAGGAACUAUCUCAAUUUAGGCAAGCUUUUUGGGGAGCCCUAGUUGUUUUGCUUUUUAACAUCUUCAUUUCAUUGAUGGUACGUCCACAUCACUCACUGGCUUUUUAUUUAUUUAUAUCCGUAGUGCUCAAUAGACUGUCUCCAAAUAUGACACUUUUUUUUUCCUCUUAAGGACUGUACACAAUCACGUAUAGUUCUAUGUGACCAGUUUUCAAAUCUCAUUUUGCUUUCCCAUGGACUUUGAAUCUUUUGCAAGGAUUUAUUUGUUAUUGUGUGAUGUAUGUAAAAGCUUGCUUCUGUUUAUUAACUUUUGCCUUACACCAUAAGUAAUGAUAUAUGUUCAUUUCUUGUAGCAUGUGUUUUGUGAAGAAUGCAUUUCCUCAUGGUUCAAUAGAGAGAAAACAUGCCCUCUUUGCCGGACUGUGAUUUCCAACCACCAUCACAAGUGGAAAGAUGGAGCUACAUCUCUUCAGCUUCAACUCUUUUAGGCUCUCCCGAGCUGUCUUGCAAUAUAACCACGCAAAAAGCACAAAGAAAAUCUUAUUUUACCAAGAUAGAUUUUAUAUAUAUUUAUCUAUUUCAGAAUUUUUCUAAACUUUCAGGAAAUACAUGUUUUGGUGAUAUAACAAAGGUUUAAUGCUUGUGUACAGGGUGUUUCUUGGCAUCUAUGGAGGGAAAAAAUUAUGAAUAUUUAGAAAAUGUUUCAUGUAGUGCAACAUAUGAACGUGUAUAUUUAUUACUUUUUAAAAAAUUAUUCAUGGUCUGUGAAUAUUUUUCUUUGCACAUCAAUUUGAAAAGAGAAACCACAGUUUAAAAUUAUAUUUUAACAAAAACAAGUCAGUAUGUUAAAAAUAGUAUUUGCAUAUAAAUAUAUGUACACAAAAGAAUAAAACAAAAUGGGUGGGUUAAUUAAUAUAAAAUAUUAUUCAUUGAGCACAAUUCCUAUCUGACACAUCUUGAAAACAUAAACUUAUUUGUUAAUAAGGUCUGUAUCUUUUUAAAUUACAUAAAUUGUAAUUUAAGCAACCUUGCUCAUAUGUCAACAAGAAAACUAUGUAUUUAUUAACCCACAUCUAAUGACCCCCAGAGAGAGGGUCCAUAUUCAUAUAGCUGUGAUGUGGGUUUCCUAAAUAUGGAACUAAAGUUUUAUAUAAGGAACAUUUGUGUAUUUUGUCACAAAUCAAUAUGUAUCCCUCUAUGCCAGGGUUUCUUUUACAGUAAUGAGUUAUUUUCUCACUGCUUUGAUUGGUAACUCAUGGUUAUUGUGUAUGGUUUUUAUAGCCCAAUGACUAUCUCUUCAUACCUGCAACUAUUUGAAGUUUUGGUGCGGGUGGGAGGGUUUUUUCUGUUUUUCUGAAACCAAGGCACUAACACAAUUUAGUUAAUUGCUACAGCUCUGAUUUAAGCAGUAAGAGUUAAUUUGCAUGGAUGGGAUUCACACAGUGCUAGUUGUGAAAUUUAAUUCUAUUUAAACAAGAUAUUUUGAUAGUUUGCUUGAGAUUUCAGGGAAUGUCAUUUGACAAAUUAAAAUAAUCAUUUUGUAUUUUGCUUGCAAUGGGAACGUUAAAUUUCUGGGCCAUAGACCUUACUAGAUACUGGAUUCUUGUAUGCAUCUGGACUUUAUUCACAUUCAGGUGUUAACUAAACCAUAAUUUUUUAGGAAUUCACAAGGAAAAUACAUUCUUAAGGCCAAAGCUGAGCUAUACACAACAUAAAUGGAUUUAGUGUUUCCUAACUCUCCUAUUAUGGCUAGAGUGUCUCUGUUGAAUGACAAACAAUGUACAUGAAUAACUCUGCUAGUAUUUUCUUAAAGGGACACUAUAGGUACCCAGACUACUUCAGCUCAUUGAAGAGUUCUUGGUACAGUGUCCCAAGCCACCUAACGCUGGAAAGGUAAUUAUUGCAGUUUUUAACCUUGCUAGGGUUAACUCCAUCUCUAGUGGAUGUCUACCAGACAGCCACUACUAGAGUCUUCCGGGGUCAACGGACGCUGGACAUCCUCACGCUUUGCAUGGGGACGUCCAGUGUCACCAAAAACCCCAUAGGAAAUAAUUAUAUGAAAUUACAUCAACAAGCAAAUUGGGUUAAGCUACAGUUGGUCAGGUAACGGUAGAAUUUGACCUAACAUUGUUGCUUAGCCAGAUAGAAAACUGACAUUUUCUAAAAGAAAAAGAUAUAUUAUAGCAUAUAGCAAGUUUUCAAUAUUUUAUAUUUCAAAUUGAAGAUCCUACAGAAACUUUGGACAUGAUUUGAAAAGCCUACAUAAAAGGGAUUGAUUUUAUUUAAAUUGGUAAUUGUAAACAAACUGCUAUAGAGACAAGCCAUGACCAAUACAUUCACAAAGGGAUUUUACCAUUCACCCUUGGAAGGAACCUGGGUACUCCUGGCACCAUAAUAAUUACAGCAAACUGCUGUGUUUAUGGCGCAAACAGUGUUACUUAUAAAGGGUAUCCUGAAGAAUUUAAAACAGUUUAUAUUCAAAUUGUCAUAUCGGCUUAAAUGUAGGGUUACAUUAUCUGCUAGUAUUUACGAUCACAGAGUUUUUUGAUGUUCGUAAAACAAACUUGUUAGGGGUUCCAUUUUGUAUUUGCACUGGUUACAGCAUACUGUUCACAGUGGUGGCUCUAUUACUGGUCAGUCAUGUCUGCACUGACCUAGGAAAAGGGAGAGUAAGUUCUCUGUUCCUCAGAUCCUCCUGCUGUAUACAUGUAAUUUCUUUAUGUGGGCACAUGCUUUGUCCAUAUUUCAAAUUAACAUAUGGAUGACUGCUCCCCAACCCCAAAGAUUGAUCAGUAGUGCAAGCAUUACUGUCACCAUCCUACUGGCCAUUUAGGCCAUUCUGCAGCAGAACAAGGGUCAGGGUUGUUUUUACACACCCAUGGAUGACUAGGGAAUUCAAAGGAAGAUUAUGAAAUCAAUUUUUAAAACAAAGUAUUUGUACAUUGCAAGUAAGCAAAACUACAUUUUUGUAAUCCUCUAGAAAAACACGUUCACAUGCCAUCACUCCAAGUAAAUAAUACUCCUGCAUUCACACACGCACACUGAUGUAAUAUACUUAAUUUGAACUGGUGAUCUAUGCACAAAUAGUACCCUGCAUUCAUAGACACUGCAUACAUAGAACACCCUACAUUUAAAAGUAAUAUAUGAAUUUUAAGAGAAAAUGUGUAAUAAUCAAAAGAUGACUUGUCAAGCAGAUUACAUUUUUUUUUUUUUUUUUAAAUAAAUCUUCUCAUUCAGUAGCUGACAAAUCAAAUGGACAGUCUUGGCUCCAUAACCAGUAAUGUGCUGAUGUAGUGGUUAAGGUGCUGUUAUACUUUUGGCUUCACCCCCCAGUUCUAGGUCAUACUGUUUGAGAAAAACCUGGGGUUCCCCACAUGCUAAUGUGGUCUACAGGCAGGGAGCCUGGUUGCAAUAUCAAAUUUAUCCAUUUUUGGCAUUAACUAGCUGAGCAGAUAAGGUGUCCAAAUAAGGAGGAAAAUAAUAUUUCUAACUAAUAAAUUGGAAUUUCUGCCUUAACUAUUCCAUCAGGGAUCAUGAAUCAAAUGGUGGCUGCAGCAUCAUAGCACCAUAAUUACCACAUUGACAUGCAGUAGUUUUGGGAUUUAUACCGCAGAUUUUAUGCAUAUUAGAAUUAAGGCGGUCUAUUCAGUAAAUGGUGAAUUGUGGUAACACAAGUACUGACUUAAUUGAAUAAUUUAAGAUGAACAGCUGUUCAGUGAAAAAAACCUUUUUGUGUUUAUCCAUUAUGCAACAACAUGGAGAAUGAUGGCGUUUAUAAAAUCUUAACUACUUUUUCAUAUACUGAAUAUGUUCAUGUUCCUAGUCAGAGAUACAGAUGUUUCCUUAUUCUAUGUACUUUACAUUUUUUCAUAAUCAUGCAGUAUAAAAAAAAAUUGAAAUAAAAGGUAAUAUUUUUGCAAAUAAA